AUGACGACUCGACUCGCACUCACUAUUACUGCACUCGCCAUUUUCAACGGCUAUGCUCGAGCUCAAGGGCCUCGUGGACCUGUACGUCGGGGUCCCAUGACUCGUCGUAGUGAGCAGUUCGGCGCUGGUAACGGCAAUGGCUUUGGAGGUGGAAUGGGUGGAAUGGGCGGAAUGGGUGGAAUGGGCGGAGGGGCCAACGGAUUUAGCGGUGGUAUGGGUGGUAUCGGAGGUGGUGCCGGUGGGGCUGGUAUCGGUCUCGGUCAGUUCGGUGGAGGUGCAGCAGGCUUCAACCAGGUUGGCAACAACGUUGGCGGUGGCUUUGGACAACUCGGUGGUGGAUUCGGAGCCGGCAAUCAGCUCGGUUUCGGAGCUGGAGGCAACGGUGCUGCUCUCGGUCGAGCCGGCACGACUACCAACGGGUUCAUGGCUGGAGCAGGCGGUGUUGGUGCUCCCGGUGGUGGAAUGGUUGGUGCUGGCGGCCCUGGUGCUCCAGGUACUGGAAUGACGGGCCCUGGAGCUGGCAACGGUGCAGCUGGCAACGGCGGAGCUGGUAAUGGCAGACCUGGCAACGGCGGCCCUGCAACGCCCGCUCCAACGACGCCAAAUGGUGGACCAGUGUCUGGUAACGGCCUCGGAGCUCCUCAAGGUGGACCUGGUGCUGGCGAUGCUGGUGCUGGUCCUGACGGCAAUGGUGCCGGUCCUGUGGGUGGAGCCGGCCCCGUUGGUCCUGGUGCCGGAGGCUUUGGUGGUUUAAGUGCCGGUGGUGCAGGAGGUUUCGCUGGGGCUGGUGGCAAUGGACGUGGUCAAUUCGGAGGUUUUGGUGCCGGUGGGCAGCCUGGUGGACUCGGCGGACAAUUCGGCGGAGGCAUGGGCGGAGGCAUGGGCGGAUUUAACGGGCGUUUCGGUGGCAACGGUGGUGCAGGUGGUCUCGGUGGCUUCGGAGGAAUGAGCGGUGGUGCCUUUGGCGCUGGAGGUGCCGGGGGUGCCGGAGGCUUUGGUGCUCAAGGAAGAUUCGGCUCGGCUGGACAGCUUGGCGUUAUGGAUGGCCAAGGCGGUGAUCAGUAG